CCCGCUAGUCCGUCAGUGGCGCCUGGAGUGUCGUCGUUGUCGUCUCUUCAGAGGGCUUUUGGCGUGUGUGAGGCCGACCAGGAUGGCAGCUCGACUGAGCGAAGGGGCCAUCGCGGCCAUAAUGCAAGGAGAGAAUGUUACCAAGCCUGUUCUUCAAGUCAUCAGCAUCCGUCCCAUCUCGACCGGAAAUGGCCCGCCCCGCUACCGAUUGCUGAUGAGUGAUGGCGUGAAGAUGCAUUCCUCUUUCAUGCUGGCGACGCAACUGAACACUAUGAUUGACGACCAGCACUUGUCUGCAAAUGCCAUCUGCCAGAUUAACCGAUUCAUCGUCAAUACCCUGAAGGAUGGAAGGAAAGUGGUUAUCUUGAUGGAUUUAGAUGUCCUGAGAGCUGCCGAUGCAACGGCCGCUAAGAUCGGCAAUCCGGUCCAGUACACCGAAGGAGCUGGGCAAGGGGGGAACCAGCCACAGGCCUCCGGUUCAGCAGCCAACCAAACCCUGAGCAAGCCCCUCCAGCAGAACGGGAGCCGAGGCGUUGGAUCUGCGGCGAAAUACAGCGGCCCUUCAAAGUCACCUGGGAAAGUGGGUGGCUCCAGCUUCCUGAACACUCCUGGGGGCUCUCAGACCAAAGUUGUGCCCAUUGCCAGCUUGAACCCAUACCAAUCCAAGUGGACCAUCUGCGCCCGGGUAACUCAGAAAGGCCAGAUCCGCACCUGGAGCAACUCGCGUGGGGAAGGAAAGCUGUUCUCCAUUGAGAUGGUGGACGAAAGUGGUGAGAUCAGAGCGACCGCCUUCAAUGACCAAGUGGACAAGUUUUUCCCUCUCAUUGAGUUGAACAAGGUCUAUUACUUCUCCAAGGGCAACCUCAAGACGGCCAACAAGCAGUACACGGCCGUGAAGAAUGACUAUGAGAUCACGUUCACGAACGACACUUCCGUCAUCCCUUGUGAGGAUGCGCAGCAUCUCCCCUCAGUCCAGUUUGACUUCGUUUCCAUUGGCGACUUGGAGACUGUGAACAAAGACUCCAUUGUGGAUGUAAUUGGGAUCUGCAAGAGCUAUGAGGAUGCUGCAAAAAUUACAAUAAAGUCUUCCAACCGCGAGGUGUUCAAAAGGGACAUGCACUUGAUGGACAUGUCUGGCAAGAUGGUGAACGUCACUCUGUGGGGAGCGGAAGCUGAAAAAUUUGAUGGUUCUCGACAACCUGUGGUAGCCAUCAAAGGGGCUCGGGUCUCGGAUUUUGGUGGCCGGAGUCUAUCUGUCAUCACGUCCAGCACCAUCAUCGUAAACCCUGACAGCCCAGAGUCCUUCAAGUUGCGCGGAUGGUUUGACUCCGAAGGGCAGCUCCUGGAGUCCACCUCCAUCUCUAACACCCGGGGUGGGGCAGCAGGAGGAGGAAAUGCCAACUGGAAGACUCUGUCUGAGGCUAAAUUGGAGAACCUGGGUCAAGGAGAGAAGGCUGACUAUUACAGCUGCGUGGGCACGGUGGUGUAUCUGCGCAAAGAGAACUGCAUGUACCAAGCCUGCCCGUCCCAGGACUGCAAUAAGAAAGUGAUUGACGAACAGAACGGGCUGUAUCGCUGUGAAAAAUGUGACCGGGAGUUCCCCAACUUCAAGUAUCGUAUGAUCCUCUCGGUAAACAUUGCAGACUUUCAGGACAAUCAGUGGCUCACUUGUUUCCAGGAGUCAGCGGAGACCAUCCUUGGACAAAACACAGCUUACCUGGGUGAACUGAAGGAAAAGAACGAGCACGCCUUCGACGAAGUGAUCCAGAACGCCAACUUCACCACCUAUGAAUUCCGGAUCAGAGUCAAGCUGGAGACUUUCAAUGACGAGUCACGCCUGAAGGCUACAGCGAUGGAUGUGAAACCUGUCAACCACAAGGAGUACAGCAAGAGGCUGAUCAUGAACAUCCGGAAGAAUGCCGCACACCUGGGGUGAGGAGGAGGAGCUGCUUCGAGGCAGAACCAGGCCUUCUUCUCUGUAGAACAACUGAGGACGAAGGUUUAAAUUGGCUUCUCCCCACCCCACGCAGCGGUCCCUUUUGGUGCAAAUUCCAGGAUGCUUUGCAGCCUCCUCUUCUUGAUCCACUCGGUUGUUCUCCUGUAUUUUCUGUGGUGUGGCUGACAUGAAGGAAAUGCCUGUAGCAUAUCGUGGGCUGAGCAGGAGCCUGUCUAGGGAACAGCUGCAGGCGAUGUGUCUGUGGGGCAGGAAUCCAUUUCACCAAGGCCAGGGUGGACAUACAAGGUGAAACAUCUUCUCCUUCCCUUCCUCAGCCCCCAAAACUCCAGAAAAGCGUGGACAUUUGGGUCCCGAGCCGGGCAGGAGGGCUGGAGCUGCAGUACAGCUGUCCUUGUAGGAAUGGCUCUCUUCACACAGCCGAGGUGUCCCUCUGCUGCCCCUCUGCCCCCUUUUCUUCACAUUCAAAGUCUUCCUUCCUUCUACAGGUGCCAGACAGUUGUUAAUGCUUCGAAUGGCAAUAUGGCAGAAUUAUUAAUCAAAGACGUAUCUCUUAUAUCUGAAGAAUAUCCUUCCUUCAGGGUUUAAUAGACUGAGUCAGAUGGGCCUGAUAUUAAUCAAAAUUGUCUCUUCUGAGAGAGGCUGAUAAGCGUUGACUCUUCAUCCCCCUGGGAAAUCUAGGCAACUACAAAGCAGUGCUUUAGUUUUUCACUUCAAUUAAUAUUGCAUUUUGGGGGGGGUGCCUGUGCUUGCUACCUGCCUGUAUUUUUUCCAUUUGUAUGUGAACCAUUCUAGAUUUGUUUAUCACGAAGGGAAAGCCAGCCUUCAAAUUGGGGUGGGGGUGGGGCUGUGUUUCUUUUCUUACUCAAUAAAACCAUGUUUUGUUCUUGUG